UUGUCAAUCUAUUGGAAAAAACAUGCAGCUGCAGAUAUUGGCAAUUAACUGGACUGCCUUGCUGCCAUGCAAUAUCAUGUAUUUUCUACAAGACAAAUUGCUUCGAUGACUACAUUGCAGAUUGCUACUCCAUUGACCACUUCAAAAGAACAUAUGAAUAUUGCCUUCAACCUGUAGAGGGCAUGUCUGCAUGGCAACUGUCAGACAAACCGAGGCCCAAAGCACCUGGAUAUGUUAAGAUGCCUGGCAGACCAAAAAAAUCUAGAAGGAGGGAACCAGGGGAAUCAUCCAAGAAGAAGAGGAUGUCUAAGGCCGGCACAAGGGUGAGGUGUCGCAGAUGCAAGGGCCUUGGGCACAACGCAAUCACUUGUGAGAGAAGAAACGGACCAUUCUCGCAGCCAGCAGGUAAAGCACCAACUGCAUCACACGAAGGAGGCAGGGCAGCAGCAUCAUCACCACCAGCUAAUAAUGCAAUGGUAGUUGUGCAUACUUCACAGCAAAGUGCAGCCAGUGGAACAAAAAGAAAGAGAGGUGCUUCCACAGACAUCGAGAUUAGUUCUCAGUCACAUGGUUCAGUGAACAGAAUGAACAGAAGCAAAACAAGUGGUGCUACAACAACUGCAAGGGCAAAAGUUCAAACUCAACUAGGUGGCACUUCAUCUAUCCACUUAGAAGCUAAUGUACCAACUUUUCAAGCUUGUUCCAGGGUGGAUGUAACUGUCACUAGUGGAACUGCUAGUGCCCAAGUGGAAGCUCGUGAACCUCCAAAGAAACUGACACCAAGAAGGGCAAGGAAGGUGCCAGCUAUCAUGUCUCCUGAUGACUAA